UGUGAGUGGAUCUAUCCCUGGAGCCGCUCUGUUGGAGUUGUCUAUAUAUACAACCCAUUGCCACUCUUUGCUCUUUGCCUUGCUCUGGACGCCUCUCUGGGACGCUCGGCUACUCGUUGUUGUGCUUUUGCACCCAUAACAACCCAAAACCUGCAAGAGAUGAGCUUGCCAGCCAAACUUAUUAAUGGAGGAAUUGCUGGCAUGGUUGGAGUCACCUGUGUAUUCCCAGUUGACCUGGCCAAGACACGCCUGCAAAAUCAACGAAGCGGGCAUCAAUUAUACAGGAAUAUGAUGGACUGUCUUAUAAAGACGGUAAAAUCCGAGGGUUACUUUGGCAUGUAUAGAGGCGCUGCGGUCAAUCUCACCCUCGUGACUCCUGAGAAGGCCAUUAAACUCGCCGCCAAUGACUUCUUUCGCCACCAGCUAAGCAAAGAUGGCGGUAAACUGCCGGUGUUUAAGGAGAUGUUGGCAGGAUGCUGUGCGGGAAUGUGCCAGGUGAUUGUCACAACGCCCAUGGAAAUGCUCAAGAUCCAGCUCCAGGAUGCCGGAAGGCUCACGGCUCAGCAACGGGUGAUUUCCAAUGUGGUAACAACUCUAAAGAUGAGUGGGACCAGUGCUGUCCUUAGUCGUUCCUACAACGUUAGCCCUGCACCUCAGCUCAGGACAGUGUCAGCCACACAGAUCACCAGGGACUUGCUGAAGACUAAAGGUGUCACGGGGUUGUACAGAGGACUUGGGGCCACAUUAAUGCGGGACAUUCCCUUCUCAGUCAUCUAUUUCCCUCUUUUUGCACACUUGCAGCAACUUGGUCGGCAUUCUACGGAAAACCCAUCAGUGCCCUUCUAUUGGUCCUUUGUUUCUGGAUGCUUGGCUGGAUCCUUUGCAGCCGUGGCUGUCAGCCCUUGUGAUGUGGUCAAAACAAGGCUGCAAUCCCUGAAGAAGGGAACGAACGAGGAAACUUACAAUGGAGUGGUCGACUGUGUCAGAAAAAUUAUGAGGAAAGAGGGUCCCUCUGCUUUUCUCAAGGGGGCCAGUUGCCGGGCCCUUGUCAUCGCCCCUCUCUUUGGCAUCGCCCAGGUCGUGUACUUUGUAGGAGUUGGAGAAAUGCUGCUUGGUUACACACCUUACAGCAUCUAUUCUCCAUAGACAGGUUGGCAUUAUCCUGUAUCCUGUUCAUAAAGGGGAUAAGAGGUUAGGAUCCAAAGUUCAUUGGGGCGAGAUGCCUGCUUGCAUGUGGAGCUGGACAAAAGUCAAGUGUCCUCUGUUGGAAUACUGUACUCACUAACCCAAUUCUGGAAUAAGACACACGAAAUGUCAGCACACACAUUUAGAAGCUUUGCCCAAAUGCAAGCCACUUGCCCGCUGACCCACUUUCUCUUUGACGCGUGACUUCUCUAUUCACUAUUGUGAGCCAACUCCAUUGCACUCACACCGUGAUGAAAAUUAGGAAUGAUGUCUUGUAGAUAUAUUUGAUAUUUUCGCAAAAAUGAGGGAACAAAAUGGAACCAAUUUUGAAAAACUUGAACUGAGAGUCUGUUGCCAUCUCAAAAAUCCUAACUUUUUUUGACCACAAAAUAACUUUGGUUUCAUUAUGUUUACAUUCAUUUUACAAUUAUACGUGUAAAUGCGCAGUAAUAAAUUCUGAUUCACGAUUCA